AUGCAAGACGAACUACGAGAAUCACACUUUGAGGCCGUAGUCAUAGGAACUGGACUCACACAGUCUAUCGUAGCCGCCGCACUAGCCGCCGCGAGUAAACCUAUUAUCCACGUCGACGAAUCCGAAGCAUACGGUGGCCCCCAUGCUUCACUGACCCUCUCUGAACUCGCAUCUUUCAAUCCCACCUUUCAUCCUUCGCUCGUGUCUCGCCAAUACUCACUUUCGCUUACGCCGCAUCUCAUACCUGCCACUGGUCCCUUUAUUGCUGCACUCGUAAACUCUGGCGUUUCCCGAUACGGAAGCUUUGUCUUGCCCAAACGCGUUGUAAUCCAAACCAAAGACGGAUUCAAAAACGUCCCAGCGAAUAAACAAGAUGUGUUCAAAGACAAGACGAUCAGUCUAGUCCAAAAACGACGACUAAUCAAGUUUCUAAUGUUCGCGACUGGAGAAUUUGAGCAAUCCCCCGAACUCGAAGGUGUUCACCCUCUUUUGCCUUCCCUGUUUCCCUAG